AUGUCUCCUCCACAAGAUACCCACGCGCACUUGGAGCAUCGUCACCAGCAAUGGCUCUUGUUCAGCAAUCCUUGGCAAGGUGGAAACGGAGGCUCCAGCACUAUCUUAAGGAAUAUCACAUCGAUAUCUAAGGAUAUAGCAUACUCUGAAUCCAUAACAGAAAACAUCACAACACUCUCGACGAAUUACGCACCAAGCGAUGGUACUGUUCAGGGGCUCCUCUAUGUCCCGGAUAUUGACCCCGAUGACGCAUGCUCGGAGAGAGCAGCCGCGUAUAUACCCAAGAAUGCUACGCGUCAAUCAAACCUGCCGCCCACAACUUACAACCUAGUAGCUUUGGCCCCAUGGAUUGACGCCAACUGCACAAAGGCACUGUUGACAUCAACCCGUGCCGAUCAGCUCCGAGCAUUUCUCUUCUACCUGCCCAACAAUGAUACAUCUCAACCACCUGGUGCCGACGAUUCAACCUGGACCCUGGACGAUGGCAGCAGCAAGUCCUGGAUGUCCAGCUAUCACUACCCAAUCUAUGUUAUACCCGGCGCCAGCGGCACUGAAAUGAUGCACGAACUCAGUCUAUACUCUGGCAGUCUGAACCAAGUGCCCUACGGUGCUAACAUCUCAGCUCUAUAUCAUCCAGAUUCAGCAGAUUACGUGCGGAUAUGGACGGAGUUACGGGUAGCCUACGACUCACCCACCCUGCCCAUUUGGGCUUGGAUAUUGAUCAUCGCGGGCGUGUUUAUCUCCGUGGCGGGAGGCACUUCAAUGUUUAUGCAUUGUGCACAGCGUCGUCGCCGUGCAGCAUUACGUCGACGUGUCAUGCGCGGAGAUACCGACCUGGAAGGGUUGGGCAUCAAACGUGUCACAGUACCCCCACAACACAUCCUCGAUUUUCCGUUGUUCACAUACAACUAUGACCCUCCCUCGGCAUCUCUACCAUCUCCUAAUUCACCACUGUUUGCCGAAAUGAAAGGCACAUACGGUGCAUCAUCCAGCACCGAUCCGACGGCAGGCAAGCAUUUACCACCACCCGACUAUCAACCUUCAUGUCAUAUUUGCCUCGAGUACUACGAAUCCAAGGUCUCCGUUAUUCGGGAACUCCCUUGCGGCCAUAUCUUCCACCCGGACUGUAUCGACGAAUUUCUUGGCGAGAUCAGCUCGCUAUGUCCUAUUUGCAAAAUGUCAAUGCUUCCCAGGGGUUACUCACCUAAGAUCACAAACGGUAUGGUGAGACGAGAGCGGGCGACUAGGCGUCUAAGGCCUAGGGUCGUUAUUAGGCCAGAUCCGGAAGAUGCCCAGUCGCGAAUAAACUCGUGGAGCAGUACUGUGAAGAAGCAUCUUUGUAGCCCUCCUUCCUCGCCAAGACAGCCGGAGUCAUUUGCUUUUGAGAUGCCCGAUAUGACGCGUGAUCCUGACACGACACGACAACGUAUGCGUGAGCUUGCUGGACCGGUCGAUGACCGCAGCGACGAUGGUAAGCCUCCAUGGAGAAAGGCCGUCGCAAAAGUUUUCCCCUGGCCAUGA